AAGAAGACACAGAGUAUAAUCAAUUCCACCACCACCCUUCCUUCUUUCCCAUUUAUUGCAAUACACAGUAUAGGUGGUGUUUGCAUUUAUUAACCCCCAUUCUUCAAUUUUUCCCAUUUACCCACACACACAAAAAAAAACAGUAUCUUUUAUAGGGAUUCCAUUCAAAAAACAUAAAAAUCAUUGCUUUCAUUACACCCUUUUUAGUCUCUGCAACUUUCUUUCAAACUAUUUUUACUCUGUGUCUGUGUGUGUUUUGUUUGAAUUCAAAAAAAAAAAAAAGAUUUUCCUUUUAUGUUUCAAGUUUGAAUCAAAGUUUUUGAUUCCAAAAUCACUUCAAUAUUGAGGGCUUUUUGCUUUAUAGUUUAUAUAUAUUAAAAAUCUUUCCUUUAUUUUUCUCGCUCUUUUUUUUUUUGUGACAAAAAUCAUCAAAUUUAGAUGGGAUAAACACAAAUUUAUACAAAACCAAUCAAAACCCAUUUCCAUUUUGCAUAAUUGUAUCUAAAUUUGUGUGCUUUUUCAAUGCAUAUUUCACUUUGGAAACCCAUUAUAUCUCAUUGUGCUUCACUAGUUUCUGACAAAAAGAGCAGGAAAAAAUUCGGGUCGGGUCAGGGUCAUAGUCCGGGUCAAAGUGAUGAACAAAUUAAACAAAGCCCAUCAGUUUUAAGAAAGUUGCAAGAGGAUAAACUUAGGGAAGCUUUAGAACAAGCUUCUGAAGAUGGGUCACUUGUUAAGUCACAAAAUAUCGAUUUUUCGGAAACUUUGGAUAAAGAAAAUAAUAAGUGUUUAGGAAGAUCAAGAUCACUUGCUAGAUUACAUGCCCAAAAAGAGUUUUUGAAAGCAACUUCUUUAGCUGCAGAUAGAAUCUUUGAGGAUCAAGAUUCUAUACCUGAAUUUGAUGAAAGUUUUUCAAAGUUUUUGACUAUGUAUCCAAAGUAUAAAUCAUCUGAAAGAAUUGAUCAGUUGAGAGCAAGUGAGUAUUCACAUUUGGCAGAAACUGUUUCUAAGGUAUGUCUUGAUUAUUGUGGAUUUGGGCUCUUUUCAUUUAUGCAAAGUAUUAGUUAUUGGGAAAGUUGUACUAUUAGUUUAUCCGAAAUUACUGCACAUUUAGGAAAUCAUGCUUUAUAUGGUGGAGGUGAAAAAGGGAGUGUUGAAUAUGAUAUAAAGAGUAAGAUAUAUGAUUAUUUGAAUGUGCCUGAAAAUGAAUAUGGACUUGUGUUUACUGUUAGUAGAGGGUCUGCUUUUAAGCUUUUAGCCGAAUCGUAUCCUUUUAGUAGCAAUAAGAAGCUGUUAACAAUGUUUGAUCAUGAAAGUCAAUCUGUGAAUUGGAUGGCACAAAGUGCUAAAGAGAAAGGUGCUAAGGUUCAUAGUGCUUGGUUUAAAUGGCCUACGUUGAAACCAUGUUCAACACAUUUGAGGAAACUAAUUGUGAAUAAGAAACGGAGGAAGAAAGAUUCGUCGACGGGUCUUUUUGUGUUUCCUGUUCAGUCUCGUGUUACUGGUGCAAAGUACUCGUAUCAAUGGAUGGCAUUGGCUCAGAAGAAUAAUUGGCAUGUGUUACUUGAUGCUGGAGCAUUGGGCCCGAAAGAUAUGGAUUCUUUAGGAUUAUCUCUAUUUCGACCUGAUUUUAUAAUCACAUCGUUUUACAGAGUUUUUGGGUAUGACCCGACUGGAUUUGGGUGUCUUCUUAUUAAGAAAUCUGCGAUUGGAAGCCUACAGAAUCAAUCUGGACAUGCGGGAUCCGGGAUAGUGAAGAUUAGUCCCGUUUAUCCUUUAUAUCUUAGUGAUUCUAUGGAUGGAAUUCCUGCAUUGGCUGGAAUCGAAGAUGAUGAAGUUGUUGGAAAUUGUGAAGAGGCAUCGGGGAAUAAAGCAGGUGCUCUGUUACCCGCUUUUUCUGGUGCAUACACUCCUUCUCAGGUGAGGGACGUAUUUGAAACUGAGAUGGAGCAUGAUGGAGCUAGCCCUAUUUUUGAAGAAACUGGGAGUCUUUGUGCCGGUGAGGUCAUGAAGAGCCCGGUUUUUAGUGAAGACGAGUCAUCUGAAAACUCGAUGUGGAUUGAUUUGGGCCAGAGCCCGUUGGGUUCACAGUCAGAGAUCAUAAACUCUCCUGUACCUCCACCAUCCUGGUUUACAUGCAAGCAAGAGCUAGCAGGAAGGAAGGGUAACAUUGAAGAGAUUGAGUCACCGCCUCAUGUGACAGAAGUGUUAUCAUUUGAUGCUGCAGUUCACAAUGUAAAGAAAACGGACAAUCUUGAAGGAAACCCUCAAGAAAAUGAAAGAAAGUCGGAUACUGCUGAGAUCCAGGAAGAGCCCGAAACCAAAAGACCAAAAGAGAGUGCUGUCAUAUGUAGGGAAACAGAAGGCGAGUUCAGAUUACUAGGAAGAAUGGAAGGAAGUAAACGGGUUUCUUUCGGGUUGGAAGACAAACAUAAGUUGGAAGAUCAUUAUAGCAGUGAGGAAGAGUAUUAUGAAGAACAAGAAUCAUAUAGAAGAGAACCCGAGAUAACUUGUAGGCAUCUUGAUCAUGUAAACAUGUCUGGCUUAAACAAGACAACACUCAGGCUCCGGUUCUUGGUCAACUGGCUCGUGACCUCUUUGCUUCAAUUGAGAUUACCUGGUUCAAACCCGCUUGUUCACAUAUAUGGACCUAAAAUUAAAUAUGAGCGAGGGGCAUCAGUGGCAUUUAAUGUGAGGGACAGAAGUAAAGGACUAAUUAGUCCAGAAAUUGUUCAAAAAUUAGCUGAAGCAAAUGGAAUUUCACUUGGUAUUGGUAUUCUUUCUCACGCAAGGAUUAUACAGAGCACGAAACCGAAUCGUGCAGCUGUUGAUCUUGCUGAUACAACAGUCUGCAAACCAAUGAACAGUAAUGGGGAUGGAGGUGGAUUUGUACGGGCGGAGGUUGUUACUGCUUCACUUGGUUUCUUGACUAACUUUGAAGAUGUGUAUAAAUUGUGGGUUUUUGUGGCAAAGUUUCUUAAUCCGUCGUUUGUUGAAGAACAUGGAGGUUUGAGUGGCGUUGAAGGUGAAGAUUUUUGCAUUUGGUAAAGAUUUUUGCAUUUAUUUAACCAAGAUAGAAGAUGCCCCCAGUUACAGAUCAUGUUAUCUGGUGCAAGUGUUUGUAUCAUGUGAAAUCUUGCUUUUGAUUUGAAAAGUUUUUGGUUAUAUGGUUUAUUAGUGUUUGCAAGAUUAUUGUAGAGUUAGCUUAGAAUCUUUGUGCCAUUUCUAAACUUGAACUUGAAAGUUGAAACACUAUAUGAUGGGGCUCUAUUUUGCUA